CGUCAGCAUGAGACACGCCUUUGUACCUUUCACAGGAGGGAUGGUAUUAGCAGCAGAUUAUUCCCAGUUGGAGCUCAGAGUGUUGGCUCACCUCUCUAAGGACCGACGUCUGCUACAGGUGUUGAAUGGAGGAGCUGAUGUGUUCCGCUGCAUCGCUGCUGAGUGGAAGAACAUUGAACUGGAGACUGUAGACGACACCCUGAGACAGCAGGCUAAACAGAUAUGUUAUGGUAUAAUCUAUGGGAUGGGAGCCAAAUCUCUGGGGGAGCAGAUGGGGAUCGAGGAGGACGAUGCAGGUGCUUAUAUCGAGAGCUUCAAGGACCGAUACACAGGUAUCCACAGGUUCCUGAAGGAGACAGUGCGUAGCUGUGUGAAGAAGGGUUUUGUCCAGACUCUACUGGGGAGGAGGGAUACCUACCUAACAUCAACAGCAACGGCUACAACAGGAAACAGGAAACAGGUAGUUAACAUCAACAGCAACGGCUACAACAGGAAACAGGUAGUUAACAUCAACAGCAACGGCUACAACAGGAAACAGGUAGUUAACAUCAACAGCAACGGCUACAACAGGAAACAGGUAGUUAACAUCAACAGCAACGGCUACAACAGGAAACAGGUAGUUAACAUCAACAGCAACGGCUACAACAGGAAACAGGCGGAGCGGCAGGCUGUUAACACGACAGUCCAAGGGUCAGCCGCUGACAUCGUUAAACUGGCUACUGUCAACAUCCAGCAAUGUCUUAGAAACACCUACCCUGCUGCUCCUCUCUCACACCAACACACAGAGAGCCGUGGUCAUGGCAGGGCUGUUAAACGUCAUCGUGGGGCGUUUUUCAUCCUGCAGCUUCAUGAUGAACUCAUCUAUGAGACCGCAGAGGAGGACCUCAUACAGGUGGCUCAAAUAGUGAAAAGAGAGAUGGAGAGUGCUGUGAAGCUCUAUGUUAAGCUGAAAGCCAAGGUCAAGGUGGGACCCAGCUGGGGGAACCUGCAGGACCUGGACAUCUGAACAAUGUCCCAAUGAUCUCCCCUUCCUCCCAAUGAUCUCCCCUUCAUCCAAAAGGGCCUGAACAACGUCCCAAUGAUCUCCCCUUCCUCCCAAUGAUCUCCCCUUCAUCCAAAAGGGCCUGAACAACGUCCCAAUGAUCUCCCCUUCCUCCCAAUGAUCUCCCCUUCCUCCCAAAGGGCCUGAACAACGUCCCAAUGAUCUCCCCUUCCUCCCAAAGGGCCUGAACAACGUCCCAAUGAUCUCCCCUUCCUCCCAAAGGACCUGAGCAAUGUCCCAAUGAUCUCCCCUUCCUCCCAAAGAUCUCCCCUUCCUCUCAAAGGGCCUGAACAACGUCCCAAUGAUCUCCCCUUCCUCCCAAAGAUCUCCCCUUCCUCUCAAUGAUGUCCCCUUCCUCUCAAAGGACCUGAACAACGUCCCAAUGAUCUCCCCUUCAAGAGGAAGGAGGUGUUAUUGGGACCUGUUGGUGACAGAGCAGAGGCACAGUAUUUAUGAAUAUCUCAAGGAGUUCCACAGUGUGUGACUUUGUGGGUUUAAUGUUUGUCUUGAACAUAUUUUUUAACCAGCGUACUGAAUUUAAUGUAACGAGGAGGACUUUAGUGGGUCCACAUCAACCUGCUGAGAUGAAGGGGAAAUGUGAUGUUUUGAUCCCAAUAAUAUUGAUAUAACGGUGUGGUUACUGUCCACUAUAAAUACUAUUGAUAACAUGGUGUGGUUACUGUCCACUAUAUAUACUAUUGAUAACAUGGUGUGGUUACUGUCCACUAUAAAUACUAUUGAUAACAUGGUGUGGUUACUGUCCACUAUAAAUACUAUUGAUAACAUGGUGUGGUUACUGUCCACUAUAUAUACUAUUGAUAACAUGGUGUGGUUACUGUCCACUAUAUAUACUAUUGAUAACAUGGUGUGGUUACUGUCCACUAUAUAUACUAUUGAUAACAUGGUGUGGUUACUGUCCACUAUAUAUACUAUUGAUAACAUGGUGUGGUUACUGUCCACUAUAUAUACUAUUGAUAACAUGGUGUGGUUACUGUCCACUAUAUAUACUAUU